AAACCCCCUCCUGCUUAAGCUCUCUCUACGCUCUCCACAGAGAGACAACAAGUCAUGGCGAGUCCCUCCAUAUUACGCUCCGCGACGUCGUCGUUUCACGGCCAGUCCCCUCUCGUUUCGGCCCCAAUGUCCGCACGAGUCCCUCACGGAAGUAACGGAGUUCGGGUCGUCUCGGUGAAGGCGGCGACUGGGGCAGUGCUGGUGGAGAAGUCGGAGGCCAAGAAGGUCAAUCGGCUCAAAGCGACCUACCUCGAGAAAAUCAUCCCCAAGCUCAAGGAAGAGUUCUCGUACCAGAAUAUCCACGAGGUUCCAAAGGUUGAGAAGGUUGUGGUAAAUUGUGGUAUCGGGGAUGCUCAGCAGAACUCAAAGGGUUUGGAAGCAGCAUUGAAUGAUCUGGCGCUCAUUACCGGGCAGAGGCCCAUAAAGACACGAGCAAGAGCUUCCAUUGCCACCUUCAAGAUCAGGGAAGGUCAACCACUUGGGAUUGCUGUCACACUAAGAGGAAGCAUAAUGUAUUCCUUCUUAGAUCGGCUCAUUAACUUGGGACUUCCUAGGACAAGGGAUUUUCAAGGUGUAAACCCAAACAGCUUUGAUGGGAAUGGGAAUUACAGCAUUGGGAUUCGUGAACAGAGUGUAUUUCCGGAGAUCACAUUUGAUGCACUUGGAAAAGGAAGGGGAAUGGAUGUUUGUAUUACUACAACAGCUAAAACUGAUCAAGAAGCCCAAAAACUUUUGGCUCUCAUGGGGAUGCCAUUCCGAGAGGGUGGUGGCGCUGCAGAUUUGAUGCGCAAAAAGAAGCUGAAGGCUCACCAUUUUGAUUCAAAAUCAAAGGGCAGAGCCCGGAGAUAAGUGUUUUUUUUUUUUUCCAAGACCAAAGAUUGAAUUGUAUCUUUUUGCUAUUCUGUUGUAUGUUUGCUGGUUAUGCCCUUAAUGAUAUUGUUAAAUGGAAAUGAUUUGGAUGUGUAAA